AUGGCAUAUGAUCGCUUCUCAGCCAUUUGCUCGCCCUUCCUCUACGCUGUCCGGAUGUCCCAGCAAGCUUGUGUUCGUUUGGUGACUGCCUCCUACAUCUGUGGCUGCAUCAACUCCAUGAUCCAAACAGGUUUCACCUUCAGUUUGCGUUUCUGUGGAGAAAACAGAUUGGACCACUUUUUCUGUGAUAUCCCAGCCCUGAUCAAGAUAUCCUGUGUGGACACCUUGGUGAAUGAGAUUGUACUGUUUAUUCUGUCUGCCCUCAUCAUCAUCACUACCACAACUGUCAUUCUGGUUUCUUACGCAUGUAUCCUCUCCACUGUUCUAAAGAUCCCCUCAACUCAUGGCAGGAGUAAGACCUUCUCCACUUGUAGCUCUCAUAUCACUGUGGUGAGUUUGUUCUAUGGAACUGUAUUUUUCAUGUAUGCCCAGCCUGGAGCCAUCUCUUCACCAGAGAAAAACAAGAUUAUAGCUCUAGUGUGUCAUUGUCCUUCCUACACUGUCAUCACACCUAUGUUAAACCCCAUCAUCUACAGCCUAGGGAACAAUGAAUUGAAGGAGGCAGUCAAGAGGACGAUCACUUGA